CCUCCUCUGAACUCGGCUGAGUUUCUUCUCCCAGUCCCUCUUGGGGGGACGUGGCUGCCAGUCGCGGCCUGGGUUGGGGCUGGCGGGUGUCGGGGACCCGACCGACCGUCCCGUCUGCUCCCCGAUCUCCGCGCUCCACCCCUGCGCCCUGGGGCACCUGCGUGGCCAGGGCGGGCCCUGGACUCCACGGCUGGCCCCGCCGCCACGUCCCUCGUCAGCGCCCUGAUGGGGGAGUGAGCGACCCCGCUGGCCUGGCGGGUCAUGGGCCUCCCCGCCGUGCCUGGCCUGCUGCUGACCCUGGUGCUCCAGGCUCUGCUGGUGGCAGUACAGUUCCCAGGGGCUACUGGACAGAACCCGGAGAAUAAAGGCAACUCCUGUCCCCCAGGAAAAUAUGUCCACCCUGAAAAUAACACCAUCUGCUGUACCAUGUGCCAUAAAGGAACCUACUUGAAGACUCACUGUGAGAACUCUUGGAUGAGCACGGGAUGUGCGCCCUGUGCAGAGGGAACCUACAUGGCCCAGCAGAACUUCCAGCAACGGUGCCUCAGCUGUUCCCGGUGCCGAAAAAACCUGAGGCAGGUGGAGAUUUCUGCUUGCACUGCAUACCAGGACACUGUGUGCGGCUGUGGGCCCAACCAGUACCGCGUCCACUCGGGAUUGGAUCUUUUCCUCUGCAAGAACUGCAGCCCCUGUCUCAACGGCACUGUCUAUAUCCCCUGUGGGGAAAAUCAGGACACGGUCUGCAACUGCCAUGCAGGGUUCUACCUGAAGAAGAGUAAGUGCGAGUCCUGUGCUAACUGUAAGAACAACUCAGACUGUGUGAAGCUGUGCCUGAACCCAUUAAAUGAGGUUCUUCAACCUGAGGACAAAGGCACUGAGGUGCUGCUGCCGCUGGUCAUCUUCUUCGGCCUCUGCCUCUUGUUCCUCCUCUCCUUUGUGCUCCUGUGCCGCCUUCCCCGGUGGAAAUCCAAGCUGGCCUCCAUGGUUUGUCCUCAAAAACUAUCCACUCCUAUCAAAGAGGGGGAGCCUGAUACCGGGAAGUUUGGGCCAGGCGGCCCUUAUUCUUCCCCCACCUUCAGCCCCAUCCCCACUUUCCCCUCGCCAAAUUCUGAAAACUGGCCCCACUUCGGACCACCCGCGAGGGAGACGGCCCCGACCCUGCUGAAGGCCGCCCUCACCCCCGUCCCGGGGUCACCGGACCCCAGCCCAGGCCCCAGCUCCUGCCUCCUGCCAAAGCGGGAGGAGGGGGCCCCGCUGCCGCCGCCGCCGCCGCCGCCGCCGCCACCGCCGCAGCCGCGCCCAGACGACCCCGCGAUGCUGUACGCCGUGGUGGACGGCGUGCCCCCGACGCGCUGGCGGGAGUUCGUGCGGCGGCUGGGCCUGAGCGAGCACGAGAUCGAGCGUCUGGAGCUGCAGAACGGGCGCUGCCUGCGCGAGGCGCACUACAGCAUGCUGGCGGCCUGGAGGCAGCGCACGCCGCGCCACCUGGCCACCCUGGAGCUGCUGGGCAAAGUGCUCUGCGACAUGGACCUGCGGGGCUGCCUGGAGGACAUCCAGGAGGCGGUGGCAGGCGCCGCCCCUGGCGCGCCCGCGCCCCGGCCUCCCCGGUGAGGCCACGCCCCCGCCCCCCUGGGCGCUACCUCUUCGUGCAGUUUGGGGCGGCGGGGCAGCUCAUCAUCUCCCCCCUCCUCCACAAGGACAGUGCAAAAAAGACUCCCCCGCACCCGGGAACCGCCUCCCGGAAGGGCCUCGGAGGGGCAGGCAUCAGUUGGGUACCACUGGGUGCCAGUUCCUCACUGUACAUAGCUUUACUCAGCGGCCCGAGUGCGUGUGUGUGUGUGUGUGUGUGUGUGCGCGCGCGCGCGCGUGUGUCUGAAUUCACCCCGAAACCCUGGUCGUGGCUGCUGGGAUACUUAGAUUUCCAGCCCCCAGCACUGGGAGCCAUUCAGGGUUGGCCCCUCGGGCUGGCCCUCGAUUCCUUCUCACAGUGGGCCAGCAACGUUGGCGUCCCUCGAUUGUACCGUUACAGUCUUUUCUGUGUUACACUAAUAAAAACCGACACAUCU